AUGACUAAACACCUGCAUUAUAUUUGGGAUCCAGGCGGAAUACAGGGCAUGCCUAUUCUUGAAGAAGAAAAAUGUCUGCUUCUCUCAUCUCCUUGCUUUCUAGUUGGUUUGGUUGUUAUUCGAUUGUUACAUUGGUGCUUUCAUCCAGAGGACUCCAAUGGCAUUGCUAGAUCGCUUCAAUGGCAACGGCAACCUCGAGAGUUGGAUUUAUCGGGCAGAGCACUACUUCACCUACAUUGGCUUCUCCAGAAGGACUGGCUACCUCUUCCUUACUUCUAUUUUGAUGGUGAAGCUCUUGCUUGGUUCACUUGGUUGCAUCGAAACAAACAAUUUUUUGAUUGGACGCAUUUUAAAGAAAAAUUGCGUAUACGAUUUCGACAAAGGACAUUCACAGAUUCGGUGAGACGGGCAGAUACUUCACGAGCCCGUGUUGAAUACGUGAGUUACGCCACAUUGGUACCACAACCGACCUCUGCAUCUCCAGUUGCAACUCUGAGCCAUGCCCCAAACUCGUCUGACUUGGAAGUCGCCUUCAACGGUGGAAACUCACAGGAAGCCAAUGUGUUCGAUAAAUUGUCCAAUAGAGCUGACGAGUGUGAUUCUCAAAAAAGUCCCAAAAAAGAUACUUCAGAGUUACUUGAUCAUGUUUCACAUAAGGAAUCAUGGCUGAUUCCUUUUCUGGGUAGCCACAAGUAUGUACAUCAACAUGAUAAGAAGCUCACAAUAGUUAAUGAGGUUUCAGUUAUUGAGAAGUCUGUCUUUGAUGACAUUUUAAUUGUUGAGUCUGAAAAUCCAAAUUGGGAUGAAGAGUUUGCGUUGGUAAUUAAGCAACCAUUAUUACGAGAUUCUCAGCUUGUAGUUUUGAGUUGCAUAGUACUGCAUUUUGAGCAGCUAGUAUGGCAGAUUGUCGAGGUUGUAGGAAUUUCUAAUAUCAGCUAUUCAUGUGAUGCAAUUGGUUUACUAGUACGACGUGGCAACCUUGAACAUCAUAGUGGACCAUCAUCUUAUGAAGACAUAUUUUCUAUGCACCUUGUGUUGGAACUUUGGGCCGGAGGGAAGCUAUUUGAUGGAACCAUUGCCCGAGGAUAUUCACUAGACAAAGAAGCUACUCAUAUUGUUGGACAGCUUCUAAGAGUAGUCCGUAAUUGCCAUUUCACGGGUGAUGAUCAUUGGAAUCAAUCAUUGGCUAGACACUGCGGAAAAGUCUACCCUCACCGUGGACUUGAGCUUGCUCAAUACUUGGAGGAGUUGCCUUGUACUCUUUCCGCUUGUAUUUGUGACUUAUUUAUAAAGAGAAGUACAUUCGACUCAGGCAGUGCACUCGGUCAUGCAGCUACGUGAUAAUGAUGAAACCAAGUCAACACUGCCCCAAGCUGCCAACCAAACUAUGAUACUAUUCCUAAUGGUUUUUGCCUAUCUCAGCCAUGGGUUUAGCUCUCGAAGUUGCCUUCCUGACUUGAACCUUGAGGACAAGGUUCUUUUUGUGGGCGGAAGUAUUGUUGUGAACCGGCAUGACCACGUAGAUUAUGGGCCAGAAGUGUGCAACAGGGCUGAUCCAGUUAGUAGUAUAGUUGGUAGUAUUGGGCCUGGAGUUAAAUGGAGAAAAGGCCCAAUGACUAAACACCUGCAUUAUAUUUGGGAUCCAGGCGGAAUACAGGGCAUGCCUAUUCUUGAAGAAGAAAAAUGCCUGCUUCUCUCAUCUCCUUGCUUUGUGUCUAAGCUUCUCUCCCUUCUUCUAUGGUGUAUUUCUGUCCCCUCUCAAUUAUCCUUUACUGUUUCAUUGUAAUUUUCAGUAUUUGUAAGUCCGUUCAGUGAAUCAAUAUAGCUAGUUGGUUUGGUUGUUAUUCGAUUGUUACAACAUAAU